AUGGAACUACAUGCCACAAUAAAUGUUGCCAUAAAUUUAUGCAAAUUUCGUAAUAUUGACUUAUUACAAAAUGGUUAUUAUAGAUUAAUGUGUCGUUUAUAUUAUGUAGAAGGAGAUUGUACAUAUGGAAUUACUCCCACUAAAAUACUUCAUACAAGGAAUAAUCAAUUUAAAUCUGAAAGUGCAGAAAUUUUAGAAGAUGGCUCUUCAGUAACAAGUCCUAUAUUAAUUAAAUAUAUAGAUGAUAUUAUAGACAUAAAUGAGACAAUUUUAUUUAGCAGUGAUAUACCUCUUUAUAUUCCUCCUACUAAGAGUACAUCAUUUUUUUUUGAAACAUUAUCAGCAAAUUCUUUUCAUAAUAGUGAGAAUAGCUAUCUAAAUGGUAAUAUUAAAUUAGUACCUUUUUUUUUGGAAGUUGAUCUUUUAUAUUCUGAAAUGGUAAUAUCAGAUAUUUUAGGAACUCCAAUUAUAUCUUGUACAGAUAACAUAAAUAAUAAAGAUAUUCCAUUGAAGAUAGGAGAUUAUUCUAGUGUUUCUUAUAAUGUUUACAAAAUAAAUAAUGUAUCAAGUGGAAUAGUAGAAUAUAUCCCAAUAAUAUUUGAUGAAUAUCACUUUUGUCAUAUAGGGUGUAUAAUAAUGACACAAAUAACUGGAUUAUUUAUUUCUCCUGUACUAAGAGCUCCUAAAUUAACAAAAUAUUAUACAAGGUAUAAAGUUCCAAAAUCUCAACCACAAAUACCUUCUUUUUUAUUACUUGGAGAUACUAUUACUGCUGAACUAGGGAAUCCAUCUUUUAAUUCAAAUUUAUUUAUACAAAGUGCGAAAUCUGAUUUGGAUAUUUAUAGAAAAAGUGAUAAAAGAACUAUUUUUACUAUAAGAGGUAUAAUUCUUCAGAAGAUAGCUCAAAUAUCAAUUUCAGAAGAAUUUUUGAAUAAGAAAAAUAAUAUAUCUGAAUUAGUAGAUAAAUCAAAUAAUAAUAAAGAUAAUGAUAAGGCUGAUUUAUCAAAAUUAGAGAAUAAUGUAAUAAGUAUUGAUGAAGUAUUUCCUUCAGUAAUAACUCGUGAUCCAAUGUUUCUGGAAUGUUCUAGACUUCGUUUAGAAUUGGUUUCAACUUUGACUUAUAUAUUUAUUCAACUAGCUGCCCAUAUGAAAUUUAUUAUUAGUAAAUGUUGCAGUACCCAAAGACUUCGUUUAAUGGGAUCAUUAUUAAGUAUUCCUUAUUUAGAAUUACCUGGAGGUACUAAAAUAAAUGUAGAACCACUAAUAGAUCUUGAAAAAUAUUCUUAUGUUGAGAAUGGUGCUACAGUACCUUUUGUUGUAGUUAAAUUAAAUGAAAAUGAUUUUAAAGAGAUGAAUUUGAUUAAUGAUAAUUAUACUGAAUGGGAUAAAUUAGAUAAUGAUUUAGAGACAAUAUCACCUCAUGAUAAUAUGCAAGGAUUUAAAACAAAGAAACAAUUAACAUCAACAUGUUGUAUUAGAUUUCCUAAUACAAUAUGGUCUUUAACUCCUUUAUUUUGGCAAUUAAAUUAUAAGAGAGGAAUAACACCUCCAUUAUUUAGAAAUGAUUUAUCACCACAGUAUAAUAAUAUAGAUUAUGCAACAACAGUUUGUAGUUUACCAACUUUACAAAGUUAUAUUAAAUCUCCAUAUGGAAUUGAACAAUAUGGGAAGAUAUUAUUAGAUAAUAUAACAGAUUUGUCACAACAAAUUACUAAUAGUUGGGAUCGUAUUAUUAGUAUUUUUCCUUUUGUACUUCCAAAAUUGGAGAAUAUUGCUAGGAUGGAAUAUAUAAGAAAAAAGAUGUAUCUUUGGAAUGAAGUAAUUUUUAUAGAGACACUCCCUAAUGAUGAAAUGUUAAUACCUAAUCUAAAACCUUUACCACCUAAAUUUCCAGAAUUUAUUGGAAAUGGUACGUUUCCAAUAACUCCUCCUUCAAUAUUGUCUGUAAAUUCAUCUCCUACUGAAGAAGAGAUAAUUAAACAAAAGUCACGAGGCACAUUAGCUUUAUUAUCUCCAUGGAUAAUUGGAUCUCAAAAGUCAACUUCAUAUUUUAUGAAACCAGUUGAAUAUCAUUCAAAAAUAGCUGAACAAUUAAGGAAUGAUUCUGUAUUUAAAUCAAUUCCAUCGCCUACUUUAGUAGAGGAAAUUUGCUUAUCUUCAAUUUUUGAAGAUUCUAAUGAUUCAAUAGAUCCCAAAAAGACUUUAGAUACUCCUAUUUCUAUAACAAGUAGUAAAUAUAAUGAAUGGUUACCAAUAAUAUUUAUUCAACAAUAUUCUGAAUCAAAUACUAAUAAGAAAUUAGGUGGUAUUUUAGUGCAUUGUGGUCAGGCUUGUAGAGUAGGACUAAAUAAUGAUCCUAUAAUAAAAGCUUUAAAUAUAGUAGAUGAGGUAUUAAUAAAUGAUUUUGAAAAACCUACAUUAACUGCAUCAUCUACUACAGAUACAAGAUCUACAAAUGAAGUUCCAGUGAUUCCGAUAAUAGAACAAAAAAAUUCAAAAAAAUGUAUUCAAAAAAAUUUUAAAAAAAAUGUAGGGGUUCAUAUAAUGAUAUUUGUACAUGGUUUUCAGGGUACUGCUUUUGAUAUGAGAAAUGUAAGGAAUAUUAUUUCAUUGUAUUAUCCUGAAGUACUUUGUUUACUAAGUACUUGUAAUGAAGAAUUAACUGAUGAACCAAUUGAAGAGAUGGGUAAAAGGCUUAGCUCUGAAAUUAUUGAAGCUGUAACUCCUUUCAGUAAUUCUCUUGAAAAACUUUCCUUUGUAGGUCAUUCUCUUGGUGGACUAAUUAUUAGGGCUGCAUUACCAUACUUAAAACAAUUUAAACAAAAUUUUUUUCUUUUUUGGACUUUGAGUACUCCUCAUUUAGGAUAUUUAUCAAGCUCUUCAAAACUUGUAAAUGUCGGUGUUUGGUUAAUGAAAAAGUGGAAAAAUUCUCCUUGUUUAACCCAAUUAACACUCUCAGAUUCUUAUAAUAUUGAAGAAACAUAUUUAUAUAAGCUAGCAAUUGAAAAUUCACACUAUCUUUCAAGUUUUAAAUAUAUUGUUUUUUGCUCUUCUCAUCAGGAUAUGUAUGCACCUUAUGAUAGUGCUAGAGCAGAAUGUUCUCCAGAUAGCCUUCUAGCAUAUAAAGAUAUGGUAAAAGCGAUUCUUAAAGAUGUCGAUCCUAAAAAUUUAACUAGGAUUGAUGUAAAUUUCUAUCUUCCCCAAAAAAAUUUGGAUACUUUUAUUGGAAGAGCUGCCCAUAUUCAGGUAAUUGAAAGUCAAAUAUUCGUCAAGAUUUUGGUUACGAGAUUCCCACAAUGGUUUAUAUAG